UAACUGACGGGUCAUAAGGGAUCCAUAGAAUUGGUCUCUCUGAGAUUAGUGAGAUAUCCAGCGCACUCAACGUUCUCCAUUGAAGCGCAGUUGGCGUGAAUCUAAUUCUUGUAUCCCCCAUUGAAGCAACUUCUGAGGAUUUAACUAUGAAAUCAGAGCUGCCCUGCCUGAGGGACGGGCCUGAAGCUGAAAUAGAGAAUGAACUUGCUGAUGUGCCUUUUGGAGAGUUGCAGAGGGCCCUUUCCGAUGGUACCCUUUGUUUGCACAGAAAACGCGAAACCGAGAACAAGGCUAAGCGAGCUAACAAAAACAUGCCAAUGGAAGUGAGUAGCAAAAAGCCGGUUAGUAGAUUCAGAGAAGUGAUUCAAGUGCCUAAGAAGGUAGUACGUGAUCCACGAUUUGAAUCUCUUUGUGGCAAUCUUGAUGAAGAGGGGUUCAAGAAGAGAUAUAAUUUCAUCUAUGAAGAGAACCUUCCCGCUGAAAAGCAAGAAUUAAAGAAACUGCUGGAGUCAUCUAAAGACCCUGAAAAAAUUACAGAAUUAAAAAGUCGCAUUGCCUUGAUUGACAAACAUAUGAAGUCUGACUCUACAAAACUCAGGAGAAACCAAAUUCUUUCUGAACACAAAAAGAAGGCAAGGGAAGCAGCAAAGCAAGGAAAGCGUCCCUAUUUUGCAAAGAAAUCUGAUAUCCGAGAUCGGAUUAACAUGGAGAAGUUCAAAGAUCUGAAGGAAAAAGGUAAGCUGGAUUCUUUUAUGGAAAAGAAGAGGAGGAGAAACGCUGCAAAGGACCAUAAGUUCAUGCCUUACAGGAAGUCUAACAAUAAUGAGUAACAACACAGCUCUCUUCCGAUUCUUGACAAGCAGCCUCUCCUUCAUUUUCCAUCUCAUGGUGCAUACAACCUAGUUCUAUUUAAUCCGUGCACUUUGACUAUGUCCGACUUGUUAGAAGUACCUGACACAGACAAGGAAAUCAUUCCCAUAAUGCUCUGUUAUAUUUUAAGGAUGAGGUGACUGGGAUACAUGCUGAGCAAGGGUAUGAAAAGGUAACUGGAGAGUUAAUGACUUAUCUGUAGUGUUCCUCAGCUCUAUAUUUUUGGACUUCACUGUCAGUCUAGCAUCUUUUUCAUGUACUAAUAUGACAAAUGCAUUUUAGCUUUUCUGUCAUUUCAUCAUUUGUACCUCUGGAAAUGUAUCGCACUUGUUUCAAGUUGAUGAAAAUGCUGUGCAACUAUGAAUUUUAUUUAAAAGUAUGGUUCUAUUUUCUAA